AUAUGAAAGUGACUUGUUAGGGCUAUCAGCUGUUAAGGCAGAACGCUCAAAGUUAUCCCUUAUACCGGUUCGAUCGCAUUGGACUACAACAUGGGCUUUUUGCAUUCGAUUUGAACCAGAGAGGGACCAUGGAACAGCCUGGUCCUGCCUCGGAUACACACGUGAUGGAGGAACCAGAGGUUGAAUCAGUGUCUGAAACAUCACAACCGGGGAAUCAGCCUCUCAACAGCACAUCUAACGUAGGAGAGGAGGAACACAUCUCUCACAACAACAGUGCGGAUGAGGCGGACAAGUUCAGUCAGGCAAACGAUGAAGUAGACCUUGACAGAGAAUUAAUCAAGACUAUAACAGAUGUUCAGACAGGCAUAGAGACAAGUUCGGAAGCUCAAACAUGCAUUCAGGAACAUGUAGAGAGUGAGCUUGAUGGCGGCUGUGAUAGCAGUACAGCUUCUAUGGAAAGCGAGAUCCUUCUACUUUCAGAUGAAGCUGCUGGAGCUUCAGUAGUCCCAGUGAUAGCUUUGGAUGAGCUGGAAAGCUCUGAUUCUGUUUCUGAAGGCACAACAGAAAGCUUAUUGACUCUUAAAGAAGUGAAGGAUUCUAAUGCCACAACGUGCGAUGAGCAGCCAUCAGUCUUGGUUACAAAUUGUCCCACAGAGACAUCGCCUGCUGGUGAUGGCAGUUCAGCAGAGAGUCCAUCAUCCCCUUCCAUCCAAAGUGCUUCCAAAAACUCCCCUACUGACUCGACAACCACCUCCGGGUUCUGCAACGGCCUUUCUACCCCUAGUUCAGACACAGUAAGCUCCUCACCUGCUUCCAGCCCGCAAACCAGUGCUAACAACUCGGCCCCCUCCCACUCUUUCUCAAGUCCGUAUGACACUGAUUGCAGCAGAAAGCUUAUCUCCCAGAUCCAGCGCUCACUGUCACAGGAGUCGCUGCUGGAUGAGCUUGAGUCAGAGCUGUUGUCUUGUCAGCUGCCUGAGGGGGAAAGUAAAGGUGAGAGGAAAGGAAGCCCACCUAUCAACGGACUCCCUACAGACCAAGAGAACUGCAUGGUGGUCUUUGAGAAGUGUGUGCAGUACCAGUAUGCACAGCAGGAGAAGUCGAUUCAGAGGCUGCUCGAGGAAAACAAGAGGCACCAGGAGCUGAUUUUGGGUAUAUGUUCAGAGAAGGACAACAUGAGGGAUGAACUAAAAAGGAGGACGGAAACCGAAAAGCUGCACAUUGCCACCAUUACAAAGUUGGAGGGCAGGGUGGAGGAGCUGCUGAAAGAACUGAAGGAGUCGCGGGAUAAACUCAUCCAUCAGGACCAUGCAGCUAAGGCUGCCCUCCAGCAGAUGCAGAAGGAAACGUGCUUCAGGCUUGAACAGGUGAACAAGAAGUGUGACGAAGCUCGCCUGGAGAAGGAGGGCAUGGUGAUGAAAUAUGUGCGGGGGGAGAAAGAGGCCCUGGACCUGCGGCGGGAUAAGGAGAGUUUGGAGAAGAGGCUCAGGGAAGCCACGAAGGAGGUCGACCGCCAGGCCCUGCGAGGAAACCAGCUGGCUCAGGAGAAAGGUCGGAUGCAGCAGCUGUACGACGCUAAGGAAGGCGAGGUUAGCAGGUUGACUCGAGAAGUGGAAAAGUUAAAAGAAGAAAUAAACUCACAUCUUAUCAAGGUCAGAUGGGCCCAGAACAAAUUGAAGAGUGAGGCGGAUGCACACAAGGAAACUAAAGACAAACUGAGAGAGACCACUUCCAAAUUGACCCAGGCAAAAGAAGAGACUGAACAGAUCCGCAAGAAUUGCCAGGACAUGAUCCGAACAUACCAGGAAUCGGAGGAGCUCAAGUCCAACGAGCUGGAUGCUAAAUUGAGGGAGACCAAAGUAGAGCUGGAGAAACACAAGCAGCAACAAACAGACCACUUAGAGGUGCAUCGAGUGAAGGCCAAAGAGCUGGAUGACCUGAAAAGGAGCUACAAAGAGGGCAUGGAUGAGCUUGUUACUCUUCGAACCAAGUUAAAGUGUCUAGAGGAAGAGCGGCCGCGCUGGGAGGACGAGCUGAGCAAGUACAGGGAGAUAAUCAACCGGCAGAAAGCUGAGAUCGGACGCCAGAGAGACAAGCUGGAGGAGAUCACUGCGCUUGAGGAGCAGCAUCAACGUGAUAAACACGAGGUCACGUCUCUUCGUGAGGAAGUGGACAGCCUGACCAACCAGAUGGCAGACCUCCAGCGAGAUGUACAGGGCAGCAGGGAGCGCGAGGCUGAGCUGCUGGGCUUCACAGAGAAGCUGAGCAGUAAGAACGCGCAGCUUCAGUCGGAGAGCAACUCGCUGCAAUCUCAGCUGGAUCAGCUCAACAGCAGCUUCACCGAGCUGCAGGCGAAGCUGGAGGAGACCAACAGGCUGCUGGAUGACAAGUCACGGCAGCUGAAACAGGAGGAGUCGCUGAGGCAGCAGGAGGUGGAGGGCCUGCAGGAGGAGCGGGCGGCCCUGCAGACGGAGGUGGGUCAACUCAAAACCAGGGUGGAAGAGCUGAGGGACGAGCUGGUGACUCAGAAAAGGAAACAAGCCGCCAACAUCAAAGACCUGACGAAACAGCUAACACAAGCCCGUAAGAGAUUGGAGCAUGUUGAGAAUGGAGGCGGUGACCGGGAUGCCAGCAGUAUGGGCAGUCGCUCAAGUUCCUCAGGUACUGCUCCAGGAUUUGGCUCCUUGAAUGCACGCCAUGGGGGGGGAAGUGGUGUUGAAGAGCGGUCCCCAGAUAGCCAGGGGGUCCCUUCAGUGGUGGUGGUGGACAGCUUCCCAGAGGUGGACAAGACCGUGCUUGUGGAGCGCAUUGUCCGUCUGCAAAAGGCCCUGGCUCGCAAACAGGAGAAAAUCGAGUUCAUGGAGGAUCACAUCAAGCAGCUGGUGGAGGAGAUUCGCAAAAAGACCAAAAUAAUCCAGAGCUAUGUGCUAAGAGAGGAGUCGGGGGCCCUCUCGUCAGAGGCGUCAGACAUUAACAAGGCUAACGUGAGUCGGCGGGGAGGCAUCAUGGCAUCUCUUUACACCUCCCACCCGGCGGACAGCGGGCUGACCCUUGACCUGUCGCUGGAGAUCAACAGGAAGCUGCAGGCUGUGUUGGAGGACACGCUGCUGAAGAACAUUACUCUGAAGGAGAAUCUACAGACCCUGGGAUCUGAGAUUGAGCGGCUCAUAAAGCAGCAGAGAGACCCUGAGGAUGCAGUAAGGAGCAAGUGACGAACCCAUUUUACAGGAAAGAGGAAAAUAAGGGCCAAUAGACCUAUAGAGCCUACCAUUUUUGAAGUAACAGCUAUAUCCUCACUCUCCCAACACAUGAAGGAGCAGAUUGAUUGUUGUGAGUGCCAGUAUCACCUCAGACAUUUUUUCCGGAGGUCCUCUUGAACUUUCUCCAUUUGUCUGAACUUACUUGAACUGUCAUUAUUCUAUCCACAUUGUAACACCUCACCUGACACAACAAAUCUUCCUCUGGCUAAUGUCCAUCUCCCCCUGAGCCAAGAUAAAAGCCAGUUGCUUCAAACUGAACAUACUUAAUUGCCUUGCAAGUUGAUAGAAGAUGCCAUUAUCAUGAAUGUAUAGCAAUCUACCAGGGAAGUAAUGUCAAGAAAUAAUUUGCCAAUGACUCCUAUCCUAUAAAAAAAAAACAUUUAUUCUUCAAUUGAAACAAGAGGAUCAUCCCCCAGCAUGCCCUGCUCUCAGCUUGUCUCCGGAUGCCCGUCUGCCAAUAAGCCAAAUGUAUUUUUGAAAAGCUGCUUGACGACAAAGCACUCCAAAUGCAAAAGUGGAAAAAGAAACAAAUCAGUCCAUGCUCAUUGGGGACCUCGUGUGCCACCUGCAUAUUUUUCAUCAACUUUCACUCUGCACAGCACUUAAAAAACAGCUGGUGAAGCAAGGUGCCCAGCAUUAGCAGCACCACGGUGCUACACUGAAGGAAGCAGAGCGUGUCUUUGCGAUGUUUCAUGCAGCAAAAUGGCACUAUCAGCGUGGAAGUAUCCUAAAUCUGAAGCAAAUCCAUGGCUAGUAUAAUACCAUGUUACGGUUAAAAUGUAGAGCUGGUCUUGAGUUUGGCCAUUUUGAAUGUGAUUUUUAAUUUAUUUAAAUUUCUGUUGGUUUAAAAAUGAAGUUUUAUUUGUCUGGUUAUCCAAGUUUUCAUAGAUUUUUGUCCAAUGCCUUUUUUUUUUGUUGAUAACAAGUACCUUGAAUAUGUUUGCCUCUUCAAAUGCUCUGUUUAGCACCAAAUGGCAACAAUUGAUCUAUAUCAGACACGAGCAUCUAAAUCUGUUUAUGUUUCAGCUUCCCUAAAAGUAGUUUAUGAGCAUCAUUUUCAUUCCCGAUUUCCUACACUAGGCAGAGAGAUGCUUACAGAAACAAAGAUGAUUUUCAACGCGUACAUAAUAUGAUCUGGUGAAGGUAGAAAAGACAAAGAUAUUAAGGUAUUCCUAUUACCCCUUUUUUUUCAUUAGUUGUGCAACUGAGUCUGUUCAAGUAAUUCAAUUGUAGAGGAAUCCAAGGGAAGAUCUGUAGCUGUAGCUCAGGAAAGCUUACAGAAGUACAUCCAGGGACAAAGUGCAAUGUUCCCUUCAUUCAUUUGUAUUUUAUUUCCUAUGUUGUCUUUUUGUUUGUGCGCCAGUAUAUUGUUUGUGUGACUGUGCUGGUUUAGAAGUAUCCAAAUUGUGUCUGUGUUUGUCUGCGUGCAUGGCUACAUGUGUGCCUUUUUAAGCUUGCAAGCUUGUGUGUUUACACCAUGUGUGUACAUGCUUCAGCUGUAGGGGCGUUUAGGCCGUAACAAGAUUGACCAUGAAGUUUGCUUUAUUUAUGGGGGGGGCAAACUUAAUUUGCAUUUAGACCAGAGUCGGUCACACACAUGUGGCUUCUGUCUCUUGUUCACAGCUGUUAAGAGAAUCAUCAAAACACACACACACACACACUGCUAAACAGGUCAGUAGCUUGAUUCGAUAACUACUAGUUUUUGUGCAGAAUUUGUCUCAGAACACAAGCCUCUAUUUCCUUAUUUGCCAGUUAAGAAACAGCUUUUUAUUUGUUAUGAAUUGAUUUCUUUACCCUACAUCCUGAGGCUAUGUUGAAAUAGCCCGCUACCUGAAUAGAGAUGUGUUUCCAGGAUUGAGGUCAUGUUGCUGCAGUGGGUGCUCACGUUUGAUGCAACUCCACUGUUAUCUCAUCCAAACUGAUUUCCUUGUGUCGUGGGAUCAGCAUGUAAACACAGACGGCACACCUUGAUUCUCCUUGACAUUGGGAAUGAGUAGCCUGUUUAAACCUGGGAGGGGGAGGUUUGGCUUUACUAGGUUGACCUCGCAAUUCCCCAAAAGGUUCAGUAAUGUUAAAGUGUAUUCAAUCUACAUGUAGGUUUCUGUUUCUAUCAAGCCAGUUGAUUAUUUCAUAAUGAAAUUAAUCUGGAUGUUCAUGCAUCUUAAUGCGAGAACGAGCUGCUUACUGCUGAAUCUGUGAAAAUCGGUUUCUGGUACAAAAGUAAAAUACAACCUCUGCAAAAAAAAACUUGCAAAAGAUAACCUAAUUAAUACUUCCUAAUUGUCAGAAGCGUGCUAACCUGUCUCCACUGUUUUGGUUGCAGCGUGUCACCUGUAAGAAUCUUGCUGAUGCUAGAUUUUUUUACACAUUUCCACAGCCUUGAAACCAAGCCAUGAUGCAGCAUUGUGUGAAUGAAAAGAUCAAGUUUCACAAUAUGGAUAUGAAUAAAUCAGCAUGUGUGAGUGUCAAAAUGUGAGAUUAAAUUAGGUGUUUGUCCUUCUUCUGUUUUCUUCCUGCUGUGCAAUGAUUCCCCCUUCUUUGUUUUGUGGAAUAUUCAAACUGUGAUCACGAUAUACAUUUGUAAAUAUGUCAUUCUGUAAAAUUAUAUCAAGAUUGUUUUUAAAAACGCUGAUUCUGUUUGUAUAUAUGGUGAUUCCAGGGAAUAAAAGGAGAUGAGUCUUAACUUUCUCUUGAAUGUC